GACAGAGAGAGCGAGAGAGAGAAAUCACACCAUACGAGAGGGGAAUGUGGAACAAAUCACCAAUACUGGUGGCCCUGUGGAAGUGAGACGGAUUUGGCGGACCGUUCUCUCGUCACCAUUUCGCUUUCGUCUUUUUGAAACCCACUUUGGUUAAAGUGGUGUAUGGCGGUGGCCGUGCGCCCCGGGGCUCAGUGACAAGUUGUAAAAAAAGAAAGAAGAGGAAUUCCAUCACUAUUUUUAAAACAGUGCACUUGAAUUUGGGGGCGUGGAUGUUGGAGGAGCUGCUGCUGUGGACUGGAAGCGCUGAACGUGUGGUUGGCCAGGGCUGUGGGGGUCUGAUGUGCCGGCGUGGAGAACCAGUCUGAAGGCAAAGAGCCGGCUGGACGUGAACCUGCGAUCGUUUUUGAUUUACGAUCAUGUUUUUUGUCUUCCAUUGAGCGCGGUGCAGGUUACGAUUACAGAUUUGGAUACACAACGGCAUGGAUGUAAACUAUGCACACGACUCGACGUUUUCCGUGCGUAAAAGGGAAAAUGUAGGCUAGUUUAAGUGGAAAGGCAACACCAGGUAGGAUGGUCAUAUGCAAGGCAAUCUUUAAAAUGUUGACUUGUCAAUGUUUGUUGCUUUAACUGGCAUGGCGUUGAAAGACAACGUGGACACGUAACCCUGAUGUCCGAGUGACAUCUGGAUUCUAAAGCCGCCCUGUGUGACACUAGAUCCGAAUCCUUGGUGAUCCUGACAGGUGUCACACUCCACACGGACCGUGGAACUGAUUGUUCACACACGUUUCGUUGGACAACGGUAACUAGCGGUGUUUCAUGAUGGGUAAUCCGAAUUAAUCCAUUGCCCAGACGGGACAUUCACCCAAAUAUUUGGAAGUGCUCACGAUCGGUGAACAAACCAAACACCUUUUAUAAUGCGUUUGAAAGACCGAAUUGGGAAAGUGAUCUGAUCCCUAAAAACCUCCGCGUGUACCGAGAAGAUCCAACAUGACCCACAGCGGACCCGUCAUCGUCUACGAGUGGUUGAAGACCCUCCAGCUUGCCCAGUACGUGGAGUCUUUUGUUGACAAUGGCUACGACGACCUGGAAGUUUGCAAACAGAUCGGGGACCCCGACCUCGACGCCAUCGGCGUGUACAUCCCGCACCACCGGCAGAGGAUUCACGACGCAGUCAAACGACUGAAGGAUGAAGAUAAAGAGACUGCCAGUGGACUGUACUUCACGUUGGAGCCCAUGGCUCCCGCCUCCGAGGUGUACACCGGCCACCUCGUGGACCAAUAUGACUCUAAACUACGGAGCUCAAAGUCCUGGACCGAGCCCAACAGUGACCGCGUCGGGCGCAACGGCGGCUACGUGGGCGCGCAGAGGAACCUGACGCUUGGCAAUAGGAGGGAACUGGUGAUGUUCCCAAAGCUGAAGUUGAAAAUCAUGAUCCGGGAUAAACUUAUACGAGAUGGCGUCAACCUCGCCAGGCCACCCUACUCAAAUAAGGAUGGUUCGCUGGGCAACAUAGAUGACCUGGCCCAGGAGUACUCUGAGUACUACAACACCUGCUUCAGUGACGUCAGCGAUCGCAUGGAGGAGCUACGCAAGCGACGUGUCUCCCAGGAUCUCGACAUGGAGAAACUGGACACCAGCAUCACAUCCCUACAGCUUCGCUCUGAGAUACAGGAAUCCUUGGGCCUCAGCAGCGAGGUGUCGACGCCAGAAACUGACAGAAAAAUGCCUCUGCACAAGUCCAGCUCCGAAGACGGCUCGGGGGGAAAGUGGGACAACAAGAAGAAGAACAAAUCCUUCUGGCAGAACUUCCGCAAGGCUCAGCAUAAACCUGUCGCGCGGCAGGCCGCCAAAGGCGAGGACAUCGGCUACGUGGCCAGUGAGAUCACCAUGAGUGACGAGGAGCGCAUCCAGCUGAUGAUGAUGGUGAAGGAGAAGAUGAUCACCGUGGAGGAGGCUCUGGCCCGGCUGAAGGAGUAUGAGAGCAGCAGACAGGGCAGCAGUACUGACACUGCAGAGUGGACUGACGGAUCCUCAGCCAUUCUCAACCAGUCGUCAAACUGCAACUCUCGUGAGCAGUCGGACGACGAGCAGUCGGAGGACUCUGUGAAGUUCAAGCGGCUCCACAAGCUGGUCAACUCCACGCGCCGCGUCCGCAAGAAGCUCAUCAAGGUGGACGAGGCCAAGAGGCGCGACUCUGAAGAUUCUCUGAGUCUGGAGGCUUCGCCGACGUGCGUGGACAACGCCGCUCUGUACACAGGGGUCCUGAAGAAGCCCCCGCUGCCCCAGGACGCCUCCCUGGCCCAGGACCAGCUGUCCCUGGACGGGGACACGGACAGCCUGACCACCUCGCCGUCCUCCAGCAGCCUGGACACCUGGUCGGGACACAAGCUGGUCAAGACCUUCAGCAAGUCCUCGAGCGCCCACGGCCUCAUCCGGCCCGCCAAGCGCGGCCCCGCGGCGGCGGCGGCGGCCCCCGUGCCGGGCCCCGGGGGCUCCAUCGCGGCGGUGGUGGGCAGCGGCUCCUCGGUCUCGGAGCUGGACGGCUGCGGCCUGGACGAGGAGGGCAAGCUGCUGGCCCGCUCCUCCACCGACGGGGAGAUGCGGAAGGCGCUGAGCUCCAUCUCCCACGGGGUAAGUAACCACGGCCACGCCAACGAGAGCCUCUACGCCUUCUACGGCCUCACCAAGCCCCGCCCCAAGCCCCACAACCAGUCCCGCCUCCUGCUCUCGCUGGACGCCGACGGCCACCUGGGCAGCCCCGCCAAGCACCUCACGGUGGGCCGCCACCACCACCACCACCACCACCACCACGGCGGCAGCUGGACCCACCGCAAGCCCGACCCCAACUACGCCUACUCCACCAAGCACCUGCUGUACCAGCGCUCGCGCCACGCCAAGCCGCCCGCCUCGCCGCUCACGGCCACGCCUGCCUCCCCGGCCUACUGCGGCGGGGCCAAGGCCAAGGGCCCCGGGGGCGGAGGCGGGGGCGGCGGCGGGGGGUGCGGGACCUGGGGCUUCCCCUCCCGCCGGCUGCGCGGCCGCACGGCGGUGAGCGAGCUGAACAUCACGUACGUGGUGGAGCGCAGCCUGUACGGCCACCUCAACUGGGCGCAGCUGGUGCGCCCCGUGACGCUCAGCCGCACCGAGCGCCGCUGCCUGCUGGAGGAAGACCGUGAGGCAGACAGGAAGUGGGCGGCCAGUGUAGACCGCUGCACCAAGCGCGUGCUCUUGCGCAUCCAGCAGAAGUCUAGGACCUGUAGUUUCGGGGGAUUCGACCUGUCCAACCGAUCGCUCCAUGUGGUCAGUGCGGCCUCUGAGGCCAAUAGUAAGGAACAGGAGGCCAUCUACCGGGAGGUGGUCAAGUCCCCCACCACAUCCCGCAUCUCUCUGGGCAGGAAGGUCAAGUCGGUGAAGGAGACCAUGAGGAAGCGCAUGUCCAAAAAGUACAGCAACUCCCUCUCUGAGCAGUCCAGUCCGGACGCGGCCCCCGGCUCCCCCCAGUCCUCCCAGCCGGACACCGACUCCCUGGAGAAGCCCAAGCUGAAGGCGGGGGGCUCGGUGGAGAGCCUCCGCAGCUCCCUCAGCGGCCAGAGCUCCAUGAGUGGUCAGACGGUCAGCACCACCGACUCGUCCGCCAGCAACCGGGAGAGUGUCAAGUCGGAGGACGGGGACGACGAGGAGCCCCCCUACAAAGGCCCCUUCUGCGGGCGCGCCCGCGUGCACACAGACUUCAUCCCCAGCCCCUACGACUCGGACUCCCUCAAACUCAAGCGCGGGGACGUGAUCGACGUCAUCAGCAAGCCGCCCAUGGGCACCUGGAUGGGCCUGCUGAACAACAAGGUGGGCACCUUCAAGUUCAUCUACGUGGACGUGCUGAGCGACGAGGAGGAGAAGAAACCCAAGAGGCCCGUGAGGAGGAGGAGGAAGGGCCGGCCGCCCAAGCCCACCUCCGUGGAGGAGCUGCUGGACCGCAUCAACCUCAAGGAGCACAUGCCCACCUUCCUGUUCAACGGCUACGAGGACCUGGACACCUUCAAGCUGCUGGAGGAGGAGGACCUGGACGAGCUCAACAUCCUGGACCCCCAGCACCGUGCAGUGCUGCUCACCGCCGUGGAGCUGCUGCAGGAGUACGACAGCAGCAGUGACCCUGAGCGCAGCGGCCUGUCCGGCUCCCAGGAGAAGCUGCUGUCAGAGGGCCUGGUCGGGGACUCCCCGCGCGACUCCGGCUGCUACGAGAGCAAUGAGAAUCUGGAGAAUGGCAAGAACAGGAAGGCCUCGUCCCGCUCCAGCCGCUCCUCCGCUGGCCUCCAGUCCCCGGACUACCCCACCCUGCCCAUGACCGUCUCCAACGAGACCCUGCAGCAGGGCGGCAAGGGCCCGCAGCACGGCUCCCAGCUCCCCCGGGGCCCCUUCCCCAAGCCCAGCCUGAAGGGCCUCACCCUGCUGGGGAACCUCCGCCAGGCCCAGCGCAAGUCUCCCCUCCUGGCCAGCCGCAGCUGUGAAGACCUGGAGGGGCCCUCGCAGCCCGCCACCACCGGCCCCUGGAAGCGCUCCCACUCCCUGGGGGACCUCCGCUGGGAGCCGGAGGCGGAGCGGCCGCAGAAGGCCCCCGUCGGGGGGGUGAAGUCGCCCGGCGCCGGGCCCCAGCCCCGCGGCGGUAGCCCCGUCAAGGCGCUCAAAGACAGGUGUUCCCCCGCUCGGCUGGCCACGCCCCCGCCCGUCAGCCCCAAGCGCUGGACGGAGCGCCCGCCCCUCCCCUCCCAGCUCCCCCUGCGCCCCCACUGCCCCGCCGCCGUCUCCCCGGCCUACUCGCCUCCGGAGCUCCUGUCGGCCCCCGCCCCCGGAUCCCCCAGCAGCCCCGGCGCCCCCGCCCAGGAGAGGCUCCCGGUGCCCCGCGCCCACUCCAAGAAGCCCCCCGUGCCCCCGCCCGUCCCGGCCAAGAAGUCCCGGGAGCGGAUGGCCAACGGGCUCCGUCACGCGCCCCUCUCCCCGCCCUCCUCUCCCUCCCCCACCCCCUCCCCCACCCACUCCCUCACCCGCUCCCACCCGGCCUCCCCCCUCACCCACAGCCGAGGCAGCAGCGUCAACAGCGUGAGCAGCAACAGCCCCGGUCGCCACGGCGCCCCGGCUCUCCCCGCCAGGACCCCCGGCACGCCCCCCGCCACCCCCCGCCCCACCUCCCCGGCGCUCUCCCCCUCCACCGGCAGCGAGGAGGCGGGCAGCCCCCCCGUGGUGCGGCCCCCCUGGAUGUCGGACCUGGGCUGCAAGGUGGCGGUCUCCAGGAAGGCGUCCCACAGCAAGAUGAGCCCCGACCCGCUCAGCCUGCUGGAGCCACGGCUGGAGGCGGAGGGCAUCGACCUCACCGAGGAGCCCUACUCCGACAAGCACGGCCGCUGUGGGAUCCCCCCGGCGCUGGUCCAGCGCUACUCUGAGGACCUGGAGCUGCCCCUCAAGGAGGUGGCCUCCACCAUGGACCGGCUCCGUGUCAGGGAGCUCCGCAAGCAGCACCGCAUGGCCAUCCCAUCCGGAGGUCUGACGGAGCUCUGCCGCAAGCCCCUGUCCCCGAGCGCCGUCGGCGGCAGCGUCUCCGAUUGGCUGGUGUCCAUCGGCAUGCCCAUGUACGGCGCGGCGCUGGCGGCGGCGGGCUGCGAGGCGCCCGGCCGCAUGGCCUCGCUGACGGAGGGCGAGCUGCGGGCCGCCGGCGUGCGGGACGAGAGACACGCCCGGCGCCUGGCCCGUGAGGCCAGGGCGCUCGCCGUGCGCCGCAGCAGCAUCAGCAACGACGACAACGCCGCUUCCAGCCAGUCGUAACCGCUUUGGAGGAAUCGCCAUCUGUGAUUGGACGAAGGUUUUGAAGGCCGAUGUUUUUGUUGUUGUCAUUGUUUUUGUUGUUGUUGUUGUUGUUGACGCGAGAGCCAAAGGACCAAGAGGUGCUGUUGAGUGUUGAACUAUUUGGGGGAAGGAAAGGACGACAAAUGGCGCCAAAUGACCAUAGGACGGUCAGAGAAAUGCUUUGUACAGCGAUCGGGGCCUGUGAUUGGACAGUAGAUCAGCUGACAUCACUCUGUAGGACUCUCCUCCUGUAACCCUGUGUUCUUGGCAUCUGAGUUCCCCGCCGCAAGCAGAGCUCCUCUUGUUCAGAGCUUGCGUCCCUUCUAAAGGAGUUUGGGUGUCAGUAUAUUCUCAAUGACCGGACGCCUGCUUAAUGGACAGUUCAGAAACAACCCUGGACCCCAGACAGCGAAGGCCUUCACAACCAGACUCUGGGCCCCCAAGGAAUGGAUGGAGGUGUUUGAUGAAGCAUUCCCUAAAGGUCUCACACACAGAACGUGAGACUGCCUGUCAGCAAGAAAGCACAUUUUAUAGGUUGGGGUGUUUUCAUAAAGAAAGACUGUUAAUCACUGUUAAAUAAUUGCAUAUUUUUUCAUGUUCCAUUUUUUUUGAGCUGAGGGUCUUAAAUGCAGAAUGUGUCAGAACGGCCAAAGUGAUUUCAGUCCGAUUUCAUACAUUGACAAAUGUUCGAGUUACAGUAUGAAUGUUUGGCCUUUUUAGCUCAGCUCAGUUUAUGAAAACAAGCAAUUUGUAAACUGGCUGUUCAGAGAUUCAAAAAAAGAUUGUUCUUUUGCUUCUGUAAUAUAUCUUCCAGUAUAAUCUAAUUUCAAUUUUUUUUUGUACUUUGCUUUCGGUGUGCUUCUUCUUCCGAUGCUUCCUGCCUUAUUGUGAGGCAGCGUCAGUAACCACGGCUAUCUCAUCACUGACCACAGCUAAAGGGGGGGCCCCUCUCCACACCAGAGCGACGCUGGAACACAGCGCUCUGGUGAUCUCCACGGGCCUUCAGCUUCUUUCUUCUUCUAUUCAAAUCCAGGAUAUUAAAUAUUGUGUUCUAACACUAAGUCGCCUGACCGUUACAUUACAAAAGAAAACAACAUUUGUAGCCCAGUUCAGAUCAAACGUUUGCAACGGGAGAUUGGCAUCACAGCAAAUUUCCGUCACAACCCUCCCCCCACCCCCAAGAGUCGGGGGGGAGGGUCAUAGGGAUGUCCACAAUUAAUAUAUAUUGCAUAAGUGACCACAACAAUUAUUCCACUUCAAAACAUCCAGAGAAGAACUGACUCAACAAAUGUCGGUCCUGUGCGUACAGUACAGAGGACAUAGUCUACCGUGUACAGUACAGACAGUCUACCGUGUACAGCCCACAUUCUACCGUGUACAGUACAGACUGUCUGCUCAAGGAUUUGUGCACGCACACACACAAACACUGUUUUUGACCAUGGAUAAUGGUAAGAAAUGAUUGGAACCUUGUGGAAAAGCCUGCCAACAUUUCUAAACACUUGCCUAAAAAAGAAAGAAUACUUUUGGUUACUUUUUGGACAUUCCUUUCAAAUAAUCUUUGCAUCGACGUAUCGAAGUAUAGAAAUACAAAACAUCCUGACGAUUCUUACCUUAGUGAGUCCUUAUGUUUAACACAGCCAGGUCGUCUUAAGUCUUAUUAUUUUUCAUAAUCUCAAUCUAUCUCAUGACACAUGAGACAAAUGUAUUUAUACAAGUUGUCUCUGUUGACGUUUCGUAAAAUUCUAACAUAAGUUUGUACUAUCUUUAAAUAAUCUUUGUUGCAGUGUUUUUGAAGGUGGGGAAAACCCUCCAUGAAUCUUACUGAACUUGAAGAGGGUAUUCUUUGGUGGACACACACAGAUGUUUGAUGCCUUUUGUCCCUCCUCAAUCAAAGUGGUGCUCGGGGGUAGCUAGAAUGACAGUAACUUCAACUAAAAGCCCAACCUGAAAAAAUGUAUUUUGUAAAGAACAGAGAAAGAAAAAUGUAUAGACACUGUACAUGCACUUUAGAAGGUAAACCUAGCUGAUUUAUUGGCAAAAUUGGCUACAUUUUGGUCAGAUGCCAAUAAAAGAAAUUGUGUCAGGUAUUGUAAAGUGAAAGGUCUUGAGUGGGUGUUUCUGAGUGAUACUUUAGUACUGACUUUUCAAUUCCAAGUCUAUGUACACAUGUUGAUAGUCACUCUCAAAUUAACCCCCUUCAAGAUUUGUUUGCAGUUUUACAAAGAAAAGUUUGAUUACAUAUAUGAAAUGCUUAACACCAUGUUUCACAUUCUGUAUAUGUAAUUGAUAUUUAAAUAACUUAUUUUCUUUUUUGAUGCUUAUCUUCCCCCUAUCAACUGUAAGUAGCUGUACUAUAAAAAAACAUAGCAAUACCUUCCUGCAUAAUGCUUAUUGCUUUCGCCAGUAAAAGCUACAUUAUGUAUUGUAAAAUAUAAGUGUACAAAUUAUUUUAUUUCGUUUCAUCUAUCUAACGAUUGUCCAUAAAAAAUUUGCUUGUGUAUUGAAACAAAAAAAGUUAAUGUCCAUAACUAUUUGUCAUUCUGAAAUAUAAUAAAAACCUUUUCCUUGCCA